ACACACACAUACACACACUAAGAGAGGCCAUGCAUGUGGCUCCUUUUAUCAACUUUUAAUCUCAGAUUUAUUUCUCAUAAUUUGUUCUUGUGAUCAAAUAUUUGGAAGAAAACUUCUUUGCAACUCGUUUUGUUAAAUUAAAUAUUUGUGUGUUUGUAACGUUUUUUCAUUUUAAUUAAUCUGACAGAUUUUCCGUCAGUAAAUCCAACAAUCGUCUGUGAAACGUUACAUUAGAUUAAACCUUGUUGUCUCCUCUCACCAGUAAAGUGCAGGGAUACUGCUGUACACAGAGAUGGAAAUAUGAUUAUGUUGUAUACAGUAUUAACAGAGACAUGUCGAGCUCGUGCAGCAGUGGCAGGUAUUUAAUUAAAGUUAAUUGAAAGGAAAAAAGAGUUUUAUACAACAUUUUUGCCUCUUUAACAGAUGAUAAAAAUCUGAGUUUAAACUAAAUAUAGCCACUGAAAUAUUCAUAUUUAUAUAUUUGUAUAUUUUUUGUGUUUUUUUUUAGUGUGUCUGAGUUAUCUGACAAACUUGUGGGAUGUUUCUGUUGUAACUGAACGCGUCACAAACUUAAUCUGAUCUAACUUAAUCCCUGUUUUGAUGUUUCUUUGCAUGCACAGGGUAGUUAAUCAGAAUCAAAGGUUGAUUCAGUUUGAAGACAGUUUGUUCUCUGCAGAAACGUUUCCUUCCCGUGCUCAUCGUGUCUCUGUCGUCUGUUAAAACAGGUUUCUAUGGCUUCAAACAGUCUGUUCAGCUCCACCAGCCCCAUGCUGUACUGGGAUCCUGUGGUGAAGCGUCGGCCAACGCCAUCAUCCACCAACCGCCAACUGGACGACCAGGAGGUGAGGUCCCCGCAGCAGCGCAGCACAGCGCCACCUAGAGGCCUGGUACAGACCGACAGCCCGAACUUCCUCUGCAGCAGCCUGCCGCAGCACUGGAGGUGUAACAAGACCCUGCCGAGAGCCUUCACCGUGGUUGCCCUGGGCAACGACGUGCCAGAUGGCGUGGUCGUCACAGUGAUGGCCGGCAAUGAAGACAACAGCAGCGCCGAGCUACGCAACGCCACAGCGACCAUGAAGCAAGGCUACGCCCACUUUAAUGACCUCCGCUUCAUAGGUCGCAGCGGGAGAGGCAAGAGUUUCACACUUUCCAUCAACGUGCUGACGUCGCCCCCUCAGAUCGCCACCUUACACAGAGCCAUCAAAGUGACCGUGGACGGACAACGGCUGCCGAGACGACAGAGGCAGAAGGAGGUGAAGUCAGGAGUGUUCAGGUCAUCCAACAGCAGCGCUGCAUCACCAGACUGCAGAUCCUUCUCCUCCUCUCUGUGGACCAAUGAGCCGUCCUUCCUGGGCCAUGUGACCUCUCUGUCUUCCUCCUUCACUCCAAAUCCCAGAAUGCACCACCUGCCCGCCCUCUCCUACUCCUCCCAGCCGACACCGUACAGCUCCUACCUGUCCUCUCCUCCUCCUCCUUCUGCUCCUCCUCCUCCUCCUCAUCCUCCUCCUCCCCCUCCACUGAGCCACAGUGGUCCGUUCCAGUCGGGCAGCUUCUACUACGGACCGAACCAACCACACCAACCCGCGGGGGAGGACCGCAACGUCACAACGCUGAGCAAUUAUAUUGAAGGGGCGUGUCUCUCUUUAAGAGGGGAGGAGCCUGUCUGGAGGCCAUACUGAUGAUUCAAUUAAAUAAAAUAGUUGACGAGUUUGGUGAAUUUUGACU